ACAGGGAACCCUCCGUUGAAUGAUUAAGCUUCCAUUUAGAAGAUGAGGAGCCUGUCACGUUUGAAGAUCAUGAAGACCUUGAAGAUGUCAUCCAAAAACCGCAUAUUCGUGAUACCAAAUUCGCGGCAUGGAUGGAGGCAAAUACAUUAUAUCCUCAAGCAAAAGAUCUUACUUAUUCAGAAUUCCCUCUAAAAUUUGUGUGGAAGGCAGCUGAUCACAGAUGGUCUCCAAGAAAACAAGGUGUAUCGAUCGGCAGGAUCCACUUUGUCCCCCUAGGUUCUGGUGAAAAAUUCUAUUUGAGAACCUUACUCAACUAUGUCAAGGGCCCUGCAUCGUACGAUGAGAUUAAAACCGUGGGAGGUGUAAAAUACAAAACCUUUAAAGAAGCUUGCUUCGCUUUGGGAUUGUUGGAGGAUGAUAAGGAGUUUAUAGAUGCAAUUAACCAAGCAUCUAUGUGGGGAACUGCCAGCUAUAUGCGUAGAUUGUUUGUUGCUUUACUGGUGACCAAUCAGUUCUCUAGACCUGAAGUUGUAUGGGAGAAGACUUGGCGGAAUUUAAGUGACGAUGUUUUAAGCACACAAAGACGGCUGCAUCGCGUUCAAGAUUUGGUAUUAGAUGACCAUCAGUUGCAAAGUUAUGCUCUCGCGGAGGUCGAGAAAUUGUUACGAGGGCAUGGUCAAAGUAUGAAAGAUGACUAUCCAAUGAUGCCACAACCAGACGCUUCGAUGAUCAACCGUGUGCGCAAUAUGUUGAUGUAUGAUGAGUUGAAAUAUGACAAAAAUAUAUUAAAAAAGGAACACAAGUCAUUAAUGUUGACAAUGACACAGGAACAAAGGAGUGUAUAUGACAAAAUCAUUUCCAGAGUAGAUGCAAAUAAGCCUGGUUUAUUCUUUGUGUAUGGUUAUGGAGGAACUGGAAAAACUUAUAUAUGGAGAGCUUUAUCAUCUGCAUUGCGUUCAAGGGGAGAUAUUGUAUUGACCACGGCAUCAAGUGGAAUCGCGACGCUGCUCAUACCUGGGGGAAGGACUGCUCAUUCAAGGUUCAAUUUACCAAUUAUGGUUGACGAGUGCUCUACUUGCGGCAUUUUUCCAAAAACAAAUUUAGCCGAGCUUAUCAUCAACGCAAAGCUUAUCAUUUGGGAUGAAGCACCUAUGAUGCACAAGCAUUUGUUCGAAGUGCUUGAUAGAAGUCUAAGAGAUUUAAUGCGACAUCAUAACAACGGUAGAAUGGACAUUCCAUUCGGUGGAAAGGUGGUUGUACUUGGUGGUGAUUUCAGACAGAUUCUACAUGUUGUACCCAAAGCAAAUAGGCAAGAAGUUGUUAAUUCUAGCGUUAAUUCGUCGGCCAUAUGGCGCCAUUGUGAAGUGCUAACGUUGACAACAAACAUGAGGCUCUUGCAUGGUUGUUCAAGCGAGGAGCUUGAAGAAAGAAAACAAUUCAGCGACUGGAUUUUAGGAAUCGGUGAUGGGAGCAUUGGUGAAGUUAUUGACGAUGAUAUUAGGGUGCAAAUUCCAGAUGAUAUACUUAUUCAUAGCACAGGUAACCAUAUUGCUGCUAUUGUUGGUGCUAUAUAUCCAUCUCUGGCUAUGAAUAUGAAUGACCCUUCUUUUUUUCCAAGAAAGAGCCAUAUUGACACCCAAAAAUGUCACUGUUGAGGAAAUUAAUGGUUAUAUGUUGU